GUGAUUGAAUCCACUUCAUGGCUCACUUCGACAGCAUCUCCCAAACUGGUUGGGCAUACGACGAGUGAAUUCCCGAAUUUCACAGAAAAAGUUUAAGUUUAAACAGUUUAGGAAAGUUUAGAAAAUGUCGGGUUUUCCACUUUGUACAAGAAAGACGAUUCUCGUCGUCCUCUUUGUUUUUGUGGGACUAGUUUCGGCCGAGGAAAAAAUGAAGGACGAGGCCCACUCGCUGAAAUUGUUAAAGGAAACGGUCCCCCUGAAGAAAUUGUUGGAGAAAGCUGCCCACGACGAAGAGAUUUCUGCUAGCAACGAUGUUGACGGAAAUGAGAAGAAAUCAGACCAGCUUCGCCAGUAUGGGUGGGGGUGGGGGUCGCCGUCAUACAGUAGCGGUGGGUACGAUACAUCUCUCUACACUUUAAUAGCAGUAGCAGCCUUCGCCGCUCUUUUUGGAGCAUUGUUCUUCGAAUUGGCGACGGGCGGCACCUUUCGCGCCCUGGGGUCCACUUUCAGCCUCCCGUUCUCCAUGGACUCGGAGCGGAUGGCGGAUUUAGUUGGGAAGGUGUCCAACUUCAUUUCCGAGAUUGAUUGGAAGGGCGUCGUCCAUAAUGCGACCGAAUUUGGGGCCAAACAUCGCGUGCUGAGGGACGUUUCUGAGCAGACAGGAGUGCUCAAGUGGCUCAAGGCGUAUAAAAAGGACCCCGUCGAGUACCAAUGCAUUAGAAAGGUGGCUUGUGAAACGUUGGCGGAAUCUCCUCUGGUCGCCAGGUCGAUGAAGGCCCCGUUCGGUGGAGCCGUGCUAUCUGCGCUUGGGAUUUUCAUUGAAAAUGGAGAUGAGCUGCAGUCAAUUGUACAAGAUACCAUUGGGAAUCCCGACAAGUGUAAGGAUAUGGCCCCCUGGGGAUUCUGUGAGGAAGAUGACGACGAGCUGAAUUCCGAGGAAAACUAAGAGGCCAGAAGCAUGAUCUACUUUGGAGAAGAGACGAUCUAUUUAUUUUUGUUACGUUUUCAUACACGUCGACGAUGACAAUAUUCUAUUACAAAAUAAUAAUGACAGUUUUACAAAAUGACGACAGUUUUACAAAACAAUUACAAUUUGACACGGACAUUUGAAGAUUUUUACGGUACUGAUUGUUGACAAUUGUUGUACUUCCUCUGACUAUACGAGACUUAUUAAUUUUAUUGACAUAAUAAUAUCAAAUAAAUCUUGGCCGGAUUUCUUGUAAUAGCGAUGCUUUACUUGUUCGUACAUUUUUCAUAGCAUUUACACCAAUUCGGUGGCACACUUUCACACUUUUGAUGCCAAAUAUACAGGAUCUGUGGUUAAUGCAACCUUUUUAAGCACACGACACGACGAUCAAAAUGCUUUGUAUUUGUGUGUCUCACCUCGCCUCCAGUUCAUUCAUGCACUUGUUGUCCUCACCUUUCCGGGUUUCACAUGCAUGCAGUCUUUUCACAUAGUCUCAAUUAGUCUCAUCCUGCCUCUCCAACUUCUGCCACUCCUAUGCAUUUGCACCUUCAUCAUUUGAUCUCCUCUUUCCGGUGUCAAAUUGUCAAAUUCUCACUCUAUAAAAUAUGUGUCGUCCUUAAUGCUAGUCGCCUUUUUACUCUCACGACAUCCCGAUGCGUGUGUAUGUGUCUGUAUCAUGUCGACAGGAAAAAAGAGAUCACAGAAUUAGUCGCAUUCAUUCAGAAAUACGUAAACCCCAGGAAUCGACUUAGAUCGUGACAGGUGAAUCUUGACGACUCGGAUCGAACAAAAGAAACACUUUAAAAAGAAACACUUUAUUUAUAUUUGUAUUUAUUUAGGAAAAUAGCAACGUAUGAUGCACCAAGUUUUUUUCGUACUUGGCACGUAUGUAGGUACAGGCUUGUUGAAUUGUGGAAAAUAAAACACGAGAGAACAAUGACAAAUCCGACAGGGACACUGGUAACGGUCGGUCAUUUUGUUUCUUUCUUUGAGACCAUUUUAUGUACACCUUCUUCACACCUUCAACAUUUUAGUCACUCUGCGGCGUUGGAAUUGGCAAGAGAUUUUUUUCCUAUUUCAAAAUCUAUUCCAGAAAAAUAGCGAGUUUUUCACAAUGCUGGCCUCAAAAUGGGGAACUUUAAUCCUUGCAGCAGUUCUCGUCAUCAAUAUUGGAUCAUCCUCUGCUUGGAAUAUUUUUCCGUCGUCCUUGACAAAAGCGUCGAUUGGGAAUUUCACUAGGGAAAAAUUGGCCAGUUUAAAAAAUCAUAGGAAUCGUCUAAUCGGCGAAAUGACUGGUACAAAGGCAGUCGUAAACUCUACAAGAACCACAGAAAGUGAAACACUGGUCGAAAAUUUGUCAUCUGCUGCACCGACGACGCAAACACCUUGGACACCAAGUCCCACCGAAGAGGUUGACCUUAGUAAUUCAACCCUGCCCUUAAUUUCGAGGGAGAGUUUACUCCAAGAGUUGCAACAGAUUCUUCCGAACAAGGAUGAAGUGUUUAAUAAGAUCAACGAGGUGGGUGACAAACUCGUCGAGAUGAAAGAGAGGUUGGAGCCCGAGGUGAAGAAAUAUUUGACAGAGAAAUACAAUUCAUUUUUGAACAAUCUUAUCCCCUACAGUGAAACAAUUGGGGUUCCAACUUAUGUCUUAAACUCGUUAAAAAUUCCACAGAACUUUGACCCACGUCUCCACCUCAUCGAAUCUCUAAUGAAGUCCAGCCACGUGACCAAAGUGGUCAACUCCAUCCAAGAUUUGGGCAUACUUAAGAAAAGAACGGGUGAGAGUAUUCAGGCGAGAAGUGGUGGGGACGAAGACUUUGUGAGUGACCAAGAGCCAGUGACCAAGUAUCAUUACCACUCAAAGCCAGUCACCGCUUCUCAGAUCAUCUCGGAUCGCAUGGGGUAUGAAGCUGGGUACGAAAAUGGGAGCCCGCGGAGUGACGAGGAUGGUGGUGACAUUAUGCGAAAAGGUUACUACCUGGAUGACGAUGAGGCUGUGAGUGACCUUCUCACCGCGGCGGGUUCGCAAGUCGCCCGAGGUCACAAUGGUCACUCGACGAGCAGAGGGGACCAUUAUGGCGGAGGGUAUGGUCAUGGUCAUGGUGGGGAUAGCGGAGGAGGGUUGAGUGAUCCAUUCACUAUUUUGGGGGGUCUCGCCUUUCUGACCUAUUUGGCAAUGUUGAUCCAGCAACAAAUGGCGGCCAUGCCGGCUACACCUGGACGAGGGAGAGAAACUCUAAAGAUGAACGAGGACACCAUAUCAAAAACUAUUCCCCUCAUCUUGGCGAAAUUGAAGUUAACCGAUAAGCACCGCCUGACAAGUCUUGCUACCGACCUACAAAAGAAGAUGAUGUCUUCGCCUCAUCAUUCGCCUCCUCCUAAAAUAAUUGUCCAAAGUCCCAUUGCGAGAAAAAUUACGACAAAAACCUCGCCAUGCUCUAAUCUCUGUCAGAUUUUGGGCAAGUUGAAGAAAACCCUGCCAACUACUAACCCUUAGUUUUGGUAGAGUAGAAUGCAAUGCAAUUAUUUAAUUCAUCCAUCCCAAAAAAUAAAUGGGUUGGGUGUUGCAAAUAUUUUGAACCAAUUUUAGUAUAAAACUAUUACAACUGGUUUGUUUUGCACAUCCGAAAGAAUUAACGUAACUGUUUAUUCAUCAUCAACUCAGAAAUUGCAUGAACUUUUGGUCCAAACAAACAAUAGGAAUCUCUCUUCUCUUGAGCGAACACCACUUAACGGAAGGUGACAUUGAGAAUUGCAUACCUUUUUUGAAUGAAGUAGCAAAAGAGGUAAAAUAAAUCUAUAAUUCUACUAGUUUUAGUUAAAUGCUAUCUUUUUGCAAUGUUUUACUCAAAUAAAUAAAUAAAUAAAUAACAAUUUUUCGUACAAAUA